GUUUUGCAUUCCUUUCUAAAGGGGAGGAGCAAGUACGAUUUACCGCUCUACCGGGCUACUCAGAGGCGCUCGGCCCGAUUUAAAUUAGAAAUGUCCUGGUGAAAGACAGAUUUUUGGGGGUCUUGAUGGCCUGAAGUACCGAUUCGGCCUUGUUGUGCCUUCACUUCAGUACCGCGUACGACGGGUUUACAGUGAUCAUGGCCUCGUUCUUGCCAUUCUGUCCAGCUGUAUACUUCGCCUUGUCAAGCAUCAUUCUGUUGCUGUUCCCCGCAACUACCAUUGCGUCUCAGGGUGACAAGGAGCCAGUUUACAGAGACUGUGUGAAGCAGUGUGUCCGAACAAACUGCACCGGUGCUCGAUUGAGAGGGUUUCAGUCCAUUCAGCCGCGAUAUAUGGCACUGACAGGCUGGACGUGUCGCGAUGACUGCCGAUACCAGUGCAUGUGGACCACAGUGGGGUUAUACCAGGCCGAAGGGUACAGAGUGCCUCAAUUUCAUGGCAAGUGGCCGUUUGUGCGUUUCCUGUGCUUUGAGGAGCCAGCGUCUGCCCUGGCCUCCCUGCUGAAUGGCCUCGCCUGCCUUCUAAUGUUACUGCGUUACCGCAGCACUGUGCCACGCCAGAGCCCCAUGUACCACACCAUCAACGCCUUCUCCUUGGUCUCUUUGAAUGCCUGGUUCUGGUCCACAGUGUUCCACACCAGGGACACCUAUCUCACAGAGAAAAUGGACUACUUCUGCGCCUCUGCUGUCAUUCUCUACUCCAUCUACCUGUGUUGCGUUAGGACAUUAGGGCUGCGCAGGCCAGGAGUCUCCAGCAUAGUGGGAGUGCUGCUCAUCCUCGUCUUCACGUCUCAUGUCUCCUAUCUCACCUUCAUCAGUUUUGACUACGGCUACAACAUGGCUGCCAACGCCACCAUUGGAAUGGUGAACCUGCUAUGGUGGCUGUGCUGGUGCUGGCAGAACCGGCGCACGCUCCCGUACUGGUGGAAGUGCGGGGUGGUCGUGUUGCUGCUGCAUGGCUUGGCCCUCCUGGAGCUCCUGGACUUCCCCCCACUCUUAUGGGUGCUGGACGCUCAUGCUGUCUGGCACCUCAGCACCGUGCCCGUCCACUUCCUCUUCUAUAGUUUCUUAAUAGAUGACAGCCUGCACCUACUCAACACAGAGAAGACCGGGGUCAAGCUGGAGUAGGGAGAGCAAGGCCACACAACCCCCCCCUCUUCCUGUGCACUCCUCCAAUCAGGGCAGCCAGCACCAGAAGGGGACAGAGCUCAGUCGUCUUGGCAACCGCACAUUUCUUUGCUGUGUAUUUCAUUCCAUGGGUGUACAAUUAUUUCACUUUUCUUGUUUUGGGAUUUGUAUGCAUUUUGGCUUUCUUGAACAUCGCAUUCACUAAGCUUUGCCUUGUGGAGAUGGGUCCAACAGGGCCCCAGUCAGCCACACAGUGUUUCUAAAUGGUUGCCAUUUGAUUUCCUUAUGCACAGUUUGCAGACACUGUCUGAUCCCAACCCCACUGGUCUGAUCACUGUGUUUCUGUCACUCCUGCAGUAAGUCAGAACAGGCAGACCGGAUGUAUAACUGUCUUUGUUUAAAGGAUUGGCAGUGUUGUAAACUUGGCAGAGUACUACAAUUCUAGCACUCAUGAUCUACUAUACAGAAAUGUCCAAACUAAGGUAAAUUGUGGUAUAGCAGAUUUACUUUAUCCAGUGAAGGGUUAAGUACUCAAAAACAUGCUCUGUUGCUCUCCAUUGCAUGCUUGCUUAAAAUGCCUGCCCAUAUUUUAUGAGUAUUGAAUUAGGUAAGCUAGAAAGGAAUGGCUUGAGAGCUAAAGCAUCAAAAAUGGCAAUAUUGGAGGAGUAGUUUUUUUUAUGUGUAGAUUUCCAAGUUAAAUUAACUUGGGGGGCCUGGAAUUAGGCCAUAUUUGGGCCUCAAACUUCACUUCUGAAGACAGCCAGCAGAGGGCAGCCAUAAUUCUUGUGUCUGAAAUCAGCCACUUUAACAUUACUAAUUAGACUAAAGAAAUGGGUGCUUUUAAAAUGUUGGGGUGAGUGAAUAGACUACUUAAGAGGGGACUGGUGGUAGGGUCACAUGGGUUGACUGGGCCUUUUGUUGAUCUACCAUUUUCAUUUCUGCUUGAAUUGCUUUUUUCCCUUUUUUUAUUGAUUGUGGUUUCAUUAUUCUACCUUAUUAUUGUUUGAAUGAUUAUGACCAUUUGUGCUUUGUUUACCGAUUUGCUCUGAUUGCUUUUUAGUCCUUAGGGGUGGUGGGCGAGGGGAUAACAGAUCUGUUUAAUUCACAUUCACCUGGAUGGCCUUUCUGUUCCUACAACAAAUUCAUACACUUACAGGUGCUUUGAAAGGACCUGCGGGAAGCCGUUUAAAAGAAAGCCGAAAAGACAAGGGUGGGAUGUCGAGGCAGGAUGGGAAAUGAGAGCACCGCUGUGAUGAGAAACCAGCCUGGCGUGGUGGCCUGGGCUACUGGCUGAGCAAGCUAUGUGAACCGAGUGGGAGAGGGCCACGGACCACUGUUUGUGUUUUACAGCAUACGUGUUGACAUUGUGUGCCUUCAUUGUGUGCCACAUACCUGUAGUGCGAUGCUGUCUGUCACUGACCUGUUUUACCUCAUAUUUGAAGUCCUGCCCUGUCAAACACGUUUGUGCCUGAUGGUCUUGGUAGGAGGUGCGUGCGUGUGUGCGUGUGUGCGUGCGUGCGUGCGUGCGUUGUCAGGAAUCCUGACAGUUUUGUCAUUUGCACAAGUGUUUUAGACAUUUCUGUAGGAUAUUCCUGCAUUGUCUUCACUUUCUUUUUUUGUUGCAAAAGUGCCAAUUUCUUUAGUUUUUCUACAUUGUUAAGUUUCAUAUGAAUGAAGUUAGGAAUAGAAAAACAUCCUUGUCAUGAGUGUUGGCACCCAGAUGAGCACGCAAGAGAAAACGGCUGGUGUGUUAAUGUGCUAGUUCACUGAGGUUGUCUUAAUACUUGACUCACGUGCACUUACUGUGUGUGUGUGCGUCCUUGUAUGUGUGUAAGCUGUAUAGGGGAUGGGAGGGGGGGUGACAUUGUGAUCUGUAAAUAGAGCAGAGUAUGAUCAUAUGCAUGGGAUAAUCUAUACAGCGUAAUGAACUGAACCUGUCUGCAAGAUAUUCUGUGGACUUCAGUGUGUAUGAAGGCAUGCAGCAGAAAGAGUGAGUGCCCCAGCAAAGAAAGAUUGACCAUGGGUAUAUAUAGCUUCUCUGAGAGCCUGGGAGAGAGGAGAUAUGUGGGGUGACAAGGGAUUGAGGAAUGGUGACAGAGUAUUAUAUCUGCCUCAGACAAGUCUCAGAGAGUUUUUCAUUCUCUGGCAGCCUACUCUUGGCUCAAGUUUACCCUUCUGCAUGAUAUUCCAUCAAUUAGCUUACCAUCUCCUUUGUGAUUAAAAAAAAGAAAGAAAAAAAAAGCCUGGCAGAGCUUCUUUUGGUGUUGGGUGUCAAUAGUAGAUUGGAUCCAGUCAUAGUUCCCCAUUUGUUCUGGGGGGGGGGCUAAUAAUCAAACGGUAGCGUAACUGUACGAAGUGUCACAGUGAUCAGGUCCUGGAGUAUUUGAAAAUGUACAGACAUGUUUGUUGCUUUUUUGAUUGAUGCCCUAUCCCCUGAGUGGUGUGUGACGUUGCUCCGACGUACAGGAAUGCCCCUGGUGCAGCUGUGCUCAGAUCCCUCAGAGACUCCUCUUCCCCCUCAACGAGCCAGCAUGACAAGACUCCUCUGGCUCGGUGCUGCCCCUGCCUGCUGCCCUGUACACUGUAACUCUCCUUGCCAAAUGCAUUCUUCUCCUGUAUGACACCACGUGGUUGUUUAAAAGCUUUAAGAAUUUAACAAAUAAAGUGUCCUCUGUUAUUUAAAAA